CUCUUCCUAUUUAGUCCUGCCCACCUCCGCCUAUCUUCUACAGCAGCAGAGCACACCGUCACACACCCCAGAACUCGAUCGACAACCCACAUCCAUCUCUAGCUUCUACCAGCUGAAGCACACUAGCACCAAGACAGAGGCAGACUCCAUGGACGCUGUGGAGUCCUCUUCGUCCUACUCGCCACCGUCACUGCGCCACAAGCUGCGGACCACCGUAUGCGGCUGCUUCGGCUCGCCGUCGUCGCCGGGUAGCGGCGGGGAGAGGCCACAAAACAGCGGCAGGGCCAGGUGGAGGAGGCGCGUGGCGGCCGCGGGGGAGUUCAGGUACGACCCGCUCAGCUACGCGCUCAACUUCGACGACGGCGCCAGCGGCAGCGAUGACGGCGCGGAAGCAGAGGACGCGGCCUUCCCGUACCGGAACUUCAACUCGCGCCUGCCGCCCUCGCCGGCGCCGGCCUCCCGAGCCGUCGCCAUCGCCUGAAGUCGCCAAUCGAAUCGUACAAGUAGCUGUCGGCCGUCCUUUGCUGCUUCUGUACCUUUCUGUCUCUCUGAUUCUUCUUCUUCUCCAAGUGAAACUGUAUUAACUCUGUGAAAGCAUUUUAUACGGCCGUGCAAAUCGCAGCGAUGUAGCGGCAGUGUACCAGUAGCAUCAUUGUAUAGUGUAUACAUAUAGGAUAAUAGGAAUCGAUCAACCAAUUUUAGUGUUCCGUCGGUUCUCAAUGCAAGAUGAAGAAUUGGUUUGAUCGGGAAAAGGCUUCCUUUUCUUUUGGAUGAUGAACUGUGAAGGAAGUUAAACCUUGGCCGGGUUGGUGGUGGGUGGAAAUGGAAUCAUCUGCCGUCGCCAUCCACCGUGUGGGCUGCGCGUAUCCAACGAUGUACUCCCUCCGUAAACUAAUAUAAGAGCGUUUAGAUUA